CGCUCGGCCUUUUCUUUGAAAUUAAAUGUCUAUCAGCUCCUCUCCCCUCCACAUUUUUUCUGACAAAACCUAAAGGCACAAGAGAACCCUCGGGAUGUAAGCUGUGCCUUAUGAGUGAGCAGAAACCCACAGAAGCUUUAAUGUAUUCAUAGCGACCUUGUACCUUGGGACUUUUCUAAAUAUUUUCCGAGAAUCAUCUCGUUUCAUUUUCAUCCAUCCCUGUGAAGUGGAUACUAUCAUGACCCCCGAUUCACAGAUAAAGUGCUGUAUGGAGUAGGCGGGUUACCUAUCCAAGUACAUGCAGAAUUUUCAGAUCCAAACAUGGACCUCAAGUUAAGACAUUCAUCUUUCCACUGAGAUUUGGUGUAGAUGGUUGAUCGACGAACACUAAGCUUUUCUUUUAGCCAGGAAAACAAGCAUCUUGAAGAAGCUGACCAAACAUGGCUUUAGCAGAUAAGAGACUUGAGAACUUGCAAAUCUACAAAGUUCUUCAGUGUGUUCGAAACAAAAACAAGAAGCAGAUAGAGAAGCUGAUCCGGCUUGGAUACCCUCAACUAAUCAACUUCACAGACCCCGUGGAUGGACUUAGUGCUCUGCACUUAGCUUCAGUAUCCAAUGAUGUUGACAUGGUCGCCUUUCUCCUUGAACUUGGAGCUCACCCUGAUGUGCAAGAUCAUAAGGGCUGUACUCCAACAAUGAGGGCUGCUGAACUGGGCCAUGAGUUGUCAAUGGAAAUAUUAGCCAAAGCAAAGGCUGAUAUGACCAUAGUUGAUAAUGAAGGAAAAGGCAUUUUAUUUUACUGCAUUUUACCUACUAAGCGACAUUAUCGCUGUGCUUUGAUUGCCCUUGAACAUGGUGCGGAUGUCAACAAUUCAACUUAUGAUGGAAAACCCGUGUUCCUUAGAGCUUGCGAAGAAGCCCAUGAUAUUAGAGAGAUGUGCCUGACAUUUUUGGAAAGAGGAGCUGAUCCAAAUGCUAUCAACUCAUCCACAGGUCGCACCGCUUUAAUGGAGGCAUCAAGAGAAGGGGUGACAGAAUUAGUUCGGGGAAUAUUGGAAAGAGGAGGUGCAGUGAAUACAUUUGACAAUGACAGACAUCACGCUGCUCAUUUUGCUGCCAAAGGAGGCUUUUUUGAUAUACUAAGGCUCCUUUUUGCAUACAAUGGAGAUAUGGGGAUGAUCGCAAUGAAUGGGAACACACCACUUCAUUAUGCUGCUAUGGGUGGUUUUACCGACUGUUGUAAAUAUGUAGCUCAGCGAGGAUGUGACCUGAAAUGGAAGAAUUUAGACCAUAAAACACCCAGGGCUUUGGCAAAAGAAGGUGGCUUCAAAGCAGCCAGCAAAGAAAUUCAUCGAGCAGAGCGAAUUGCUAAUAAACUGGCCAAACCAGGAGCCAAAAAUCCUAAUCCACUCUGGGCCCUCAGAUUACAUGAUUGGUCCAUAGAACAUGAGACUUUUCUUAGGGAAAUAUUUUCAUUUCUGGACAGGGGUGAUGGGUCAGUCACCAAAGAAGACUUUGUAAUGACCCUGGAGGAGAGGCAAGAGUAUGCAAGCUCUGAACAGCUGUUUUCAAUAGCUCAACUGCAUGAAAAAUUCCGAGGAGGAGGGGUCAAUAUUAAUGAGUUCUUUAAAGGAACUAAAUACUUAAACAAGUCUUUUGUCUUGGGAUCUUAUGGAACUAAGAAAAAGAAAAAAGGGAUGGGCAAAAAGGGAAGGAAAGGCAAGUUUGCUAUACCUCUCCCAGUCUGCGUCAUUCCUGAAGAUGCAUUUCCACAUCGAUCAGAUGGUGGGCCUCCAUAUUACAUGAUUGAAACCUACCAGAAUGUAACUGAUUACAGCCGUUUUAAUCGAGAUCACCCACCAGAACAUCCCAUGCAGGAUGAUUCUGCAUGGUACAUUGAUGAGCCCGGGAAGACAUUUUCAAAUAUUAAUUUUAUCACCAAAGCAGGAGACCUAGCAUCUCUGAAAAAGGCUUUUGAAUCAGGAAUACCUGUAGAUAUGAAGGAUAAAUAUUACAAGACACCACUAAUGAUGGCAUGUGCAAGUGGAAACAUAGACGUGGUCAAGUUUCUUCUUGAAAAAGGGGCAAAUAUAAAUGCCACAGAUAAUUUUCUGUGGACACCACUUCAUUUUGCAUGCCACGCAGGCCAGCAAGACAUUGCUGAGCUCCUUGUUGAGUCUGGAGCUUCGGUCGAUGCACUUUCAAUCAACAAUUCAACUCCUUUAAGUCGAGCUAUUGAAAGCUGCAGGAUGGAUACUGUAAAAUACCUACUUGAUAUUGGUGCUAAAUUUCAACUGGAAAAUAGGAAAGGGCACACUGCCAUGGAUAUUGCAAAAGCUUAUGCUGAUUAUAGAAUAAUUGAUAUGAUUAAAGAAAAGUCAGAUAACUUGCCUAAACCAGCAGAAAAUCAAAAACUGAAAGCCAAGCCACCCCCUAAACCAAAGACUGAAGGCUCUGAAAUUAAGAAAGAAGAGGUACAAAAAGAAGAGGAAGCACUUUCAUCACUUUAUACUGUACCAACCAUAACAGAAAAGAAGAAGAGGGAUAAGGAUAAUGUGGUUUAUCUCAAUUCAUUGAUUACCAGUGGGUAUACCAAGAAAGCGGAUAUAACAUUUGUUCCACGAAGGGUUUGGAGUCCUGAAGCCACAACAGCAGAACUGGUCCGGAAGCGGGAACUGUGGAGGGAAAGAUUUACUUAUGAAGUAGACUUUGAGGAUUUCAUGAUGCCUUUUCAGAAGAACAUUACAGAAAAAGCUCAAGCUUUGGAAGCUGCCUUGAAGAGUUAAAUCACAUCAGUUACAUCUUGGGGUAAAUACUUUGAAACCCAGGGACCAAACUUUGGAGAAAGAUAUUUCCAUCAAAGCCAAAAUCCAUUAAAAAAAUCUUUAUCAAAUAUUUGGUUUUGCUUUAAUAACUAUAAAUAUUCUAAGCUGUAUGAUGAAGGUAUAUUGCAGUGAAUUAUAAUGUCACUUGGGGUAAAUCCCCCAACCUCAUUAAGAAUGGAGAAUACUUGGCAUUUGAGUUUAAAUGUUAUUGUCAAAAAACUUACCAGAAGGACACUAUUGUUCACUUAAAGAUAAUCCUUAGUGAAUGCAUAUUGAGGAAAUAUUCUUAAGUGAAAUUAAUAAGUCACACAUGUGUAAAA